AUGGCCAAGUUCCAUCGUACUGAUGUCACCAUAUUCAGAGACGACACUCCUGGUGGUGUGAGAUACAAAGAAGACAAUAUUAAAAGAGGUUCAUUUGACGACGCUACCACCCGUUUUUACACAGCCUGUGUGGUGGAAGCCUUUGCCUAUUUGCAUUCCAAAGGAAUUAUUUACAGGGACCUCAAGCCAGAGAAUUUAAUCCUUGAUCAUCGGGGUUAUGCUAAACUGGUGGACUUUGGGUUUGCCAAGAAAAUAGGAUUUGGGAAGAAAACAUGGACAUUCUGUGGGACUCCUGAAUACGUGGCUCCAGAAAUCAUCUUGAACAAAGGCCAUGACAUAUCAGCAGAUUACUGGUCACUGGGAAUCCUUAUGUACGAACUCCUGACUGGCAGCCCACCGUUCUCAGGCUCUGACCCCAUGAAGACAUAUAACAUUAUACUUCGUGGAAUUGACAUGAUUGAAUUUCCAAAGAAGAUUACCAAAAAUGCUGCUAACCUCAUCAAGAAACUGUGCAGGGACAAUCCUUCAGAAAGACUUGGGAACUUGAAAAAUGGAGUUAAAGACAUUCAAAAGCACAAAUGGUUUGAAGGUUUUAACUGGGAAGGAUUAAGAAAAGGCACAUUAACACCUCCAAUUGUAUCCAGUGUCACAUCCCCAACAGACACAAGCAACUUUGACAGUUUCCCUGAAGACAACGACGACCCGCCUCCUGACGACAACUCCGGAUGGGAUGCAGAUUUCUAAAUUUGUUCCUGAAAACUUGCUUCUGCCUUGCCUAGGACAGCAUGUUGGUCAGAGAAAGUGGAAAAGAGACUGCCAGUAAAAUGGAAAAGAAAUCAGAAAGAGGAUUAGUGCUCUGGGUCACCAUGAUGCCUUGACUGAUGCCUGCUCCACUGACGAUGAUGGCAUUAGGAGCGAUGCCGUUAGACAAUUGCAAUGGUGUUCCUUUCAAAAAAAAACUCUAGAUUUGAAUGGAAAAGUAGCAACUUAGAUGGUGGUCCUAGAGCAACUUGUUUUAUUAGCAUACAUGUAAGGCUUUCCCUUCACUGAGGUGACUAGUGCUUUGCUCCAGAGACCAACUAAUACUCAAAAGGUUAAAAAUGGGUCGUUUGAACCAGUAAACGUAGGGUUUUUUUCUAAUUAAAAUAAAAAGACAAAUGUAGGUAUUUAUUCAGGGGAUUUAUAUUCAGGGGACUAUGAUACUUAAUAUAGAAUUGAAUUUGGGAUGUUCCCAUUCCUCGAUUGCGAGCGUGCACAUCUCUGUGUGUGUCAAGCCAGUGUGUAUGUAUCCCCACCCCGUCCAAAAGGACCAUUAAACCACACUUUUCACGUUAAGUCACUUUAUUCAUUAUUAGUCUGGAUAUUAGAUCUCUGUUCCAAUGAUAUAUUUAAAAAGUGGCAUCAAUAUUUAAGUGCAUAAAGCACAACUGCUGUUGCUAUUGGGACUUUGUUUCCACUCCAAAAUGAGUGCCUGCCUGAUCAAAUACUAUUGAAAUGGUCUCCUAUACCUUAUAAAGGCAAAUACCUUUCUCUGUAUCACAAUGUAGAAAUACAGAAGGUCAAAUACUGCCUGCAGAUGCAUUUUAAUAGUCAUUGUUUGUGUUUGACAUGCCACUGGAUUUAAAUGCUGGCUGAAAACUAUGGGCUUAUGGAAACUGUGUCUAAUAAUUUGUUAUUACAGUUAGACUUCUAAGUCAUGCUGUCAAAGAAGUGUUUUUUUUAAUCUAGCUUUUUUUCAGACUUCCUUGAAUAGAAUUCAGACUUCCUUCCCAGACAGCAACAUCUAAAUGGAUCAAAUAAAAGCAAUAAACUUUUAUUUUAAUCCAAACCAAUAUUCAUCCCUCAAACAACAUUGGCAAAUUAAUCAUCCAGUUGUGUGUGAGACCAUGUUUUGCACAAAUUGACUGUCACAUUUCCUACAUCACAAAAGUAAUUAGACUCAUUUUAAAAAAAAAGAAAUAUCUGACUGCAAGUUAGUUUUGGACAUCCUAGGAUUUGGACAGGAGUUGUAUCAAAGUAAAGGGAGUCUGUUAGCUCGGUUGAUUAGAUAGCAGGUUUGCAAUUCAGAGUAACACUAACAGAGUGGGUUCAAUUCCUGCACUGGCUGAGCUUACUACAAAGGACUGUCCUUCUCAAUCUCUCCCCUCAUCUGAGCUGUGUGACCCUCAGGUUAAACCACUACCCAUCAUCUCUCUCUAAUGAGAGAGCAGCCCUUUGGAGCAUAGGACUAUGGUGACUUUAUCAAUGUAAGUCCUUUCUUCAUCUACUCUUCUGUGCUAUUGUAGAAUGAGACCACUAAAGGGCACAAAAUGAGGAGAUAAUGAGAAGCUGAACUAAGAAUAGAAAAGCUGGUCACUACCAGCCAUUCAGUAAUUUUACGAAUGCUGAAAAUGUACCUUAAAACACAUUGGUCAACCUCAAUACUAAUAAGGCAUCUCUUUGAAUUUAAUCUCCUCUCUUUACUUAAGGAUAAAUGCUCUUUAGAAAAACAUGGAUGUAACACCUUACAGUCCACAAUUCACCUGGAUGUUGUUUUGGAUUAUAUCUUGGAAGCCACCAUAAAAAUUCUUUAACCUGCAGAUGCGAAAUGACCAACCCUUCUUUGAUAGUACAAAGUCCUGCAGAAUUAAAGAAAAAUGCUAUCACAUUUUCCUAGUGCCCUUUCCAAUAUUCAUAGAUGUUGCAACUACCAAUUGUGAUUUUUAAAAAAAAUCCACAAUGUUUUAGUGUUUCUCGGGCUGCUUGUCUUGAAUCAUGCUCUCUCUGUAUCAAUGAAUUCAUUGAAAGAGUUUCAGGAUUGUAAUGUCACUUUUGAUACUGGUGAUCAAAGAUGAAUGUAGAAAUGAUGGAGGUGGUUUUAAGAGGCCUGUGGGUACAAUGACUGAAAGUGAAGGAGGAAGCUCUAGAUACAAUCUCAAGCGAAGUAACAAUCAAGUACUGUUGUAAACCCUGUGGGUCAAGAGGCUCUGUCACAUUUGCAUCUUGAUAUUUUUAAAAUCUUGUAUCUAUUGUUUUUAUUUAAUUGGACCACAAGCUCCAUAUUAUUGUAAAUAAGCCGAUCUGUUUUGGGUGUUGAGACUUUUUGUGUGACUUAACCCUUUUUGUCUUCUGUUUUAGUUGACUUCAUAUGUUUUCCAUAUUAUAAGAUAGCCCAAUGCUGUAGGAUAAAGCCCAAAGGCUUCUGCCUGAAAAAAUUCUCAACUAGUGUAAAGACCAUUACUCCCAUAGGUUAGACUAGCUUUGGCAUUGUCUCAAGUGCCUUAAAACACAUGGCAUCCAAACAAAUUUACAGAUUUGGUCUAAUGCUGCGCAAACUGAAAAAAAAACAAGACAGAAAAACCUCAAGGAUCAAUCUUUCUUUGCUGGCUUCUAUAUAAAUUCUCUGUUCUGUAAGGUUCAGUAGGCCUUUUUGUCAACAUGAUGUACAAGUUGCAGUAAAUAUCCUGUGGUACUAGAUGUUAUGUUUAGUUUUGGGGAAGCUGUGAGACUGGUGAUGACAUCGUGCAUCAUUUCUGUGAAAUGUGUGCACAUGCAACAAAAAAAGUCACAUGACUAUAACUAUCGUUACUUUGGCUGACACACAGAAUUUUAAUUUUACCUGUGUUGCAAAAUAUUAGGGUAUAAGUAUCUCCUUAAUGUUGUCAACUUACAAUGAAUGUGGCCCUGGUGAACAUUGUUCAAACUCUUUCAGGAUAACUGUAAACUGUCUCAUCAGAGUACUGUGUUCAAGCACUGGCUUAACAUAGCUGAUACUCACUUUUAAGAUCUAUGUUUCCUGUAUCUAUUUAACUUGAAGUUGACCAUCAACUGUUCCAACUUACUGAACAUUUUAAAAUUUAUAUGAAGUAUUUGUUGGGAGUUGUUUCCAAUUUAGUCUCUUUUUCUGUUUAGAUAGAGCAUGGCAAAUUUGUCAAAAUGUAUAUUUUGUCACUGAAUGCUGUCACAGGCUUGUUGCACUCCUUUGGUUGUAGAUUUUUAACUUUUACAUAUUUAAUUGUCCCUGAUUUUGUCCUGUAUCUCCUGCAGCUGUCAAUGCAGAGUGCCUGUUAUAUACUUUCUAGAGCUAAAAUAAAGAUGAUUACUUUUGAACUAUU